AUGCCUUUCCUAUCCUAUAGCCAUUUUCUUUGGAUUUUCGUAUUGGUAGCGUUUGCCGUCACCAGCAACGCUGACGUUACUCCACAAUAUAACGAAGAAUUCGCUGCUAGGGCUUUGGUAGCACCAGGUAUUACGAACGUGACGAAUCUCAACAAUCGAUUUGCAGACUUGUCCCUCGAUUACAUCUCAAUUAGGUCGGAGGGCUUCACCAUAGAUCAAGUUGCCCUUGGUUUCAUAAACGCAGUCAAGCGUGAAGCGAUCAAAGACUGCGAUCAGUACAUAGCCAGCUAUACUUUCACUGAUACGGAGUAUGCGGACGACCCGAUACGUAUACAAAUCAAUGCUGCAGCAGGUGGUCCUGAAGGGCAGCUCGUCCGUUGCAAUCUUGUGUAUGCGAUCAAGACCCUUGCCAUCGAUCUCAUGACCCAAGAGAUUCUGUAUGGGGCAAGAUUUACCGAGUCGUAUCGCGGCCAGCUUCUUUAUGUUGGUGUAUUCGACAACAAGAACGAUGUACCUUCGCUAGAGCAAUCCAGCAACUCUUGGGCCGACCCCAGCGAAACAUUGGCACAAGAAAGGCGGGCGCUGAGCACUCAAUCACUGAACGCAACGAACUCUUCCACCACUCUCCUUGCCAUGACAGGGUCAAAUGAUGUCGAAUAUCGAAUCGAGUUCGACUUUCGUAAGAACCGGGUCCCGAAAACCGCCAUCUUCUCGGCGAUUCUGGAAUUCAUGAUGACACUAGCGCAGCUAGACAAUGACGACCAAAUCGAGAAUGUCAGCCAGGCGACUUCCACUGAUUCAUCAUGGAUCUUUGUCAUGCAUAAUUCAGAGUCGAGUGUUUCACUGGAGGGGUUUCAACUAGUAGCGAUCCUAGAGGGUAUUGCACGACACGCUGUUCAUUGGGGACGUUAUGUAGAAAUGACUUUCGAUUUCUUCGUCAACAGGGAGUUUGUCGCUGGGGGUUGUGUAACGGUGCCAAAUCGGUCUAGGGCGUGGUGUCAAGGAUUGAGGGAGGGAGGUCCGCAGUCAUUGGUCAAGAACUCGUCAUCAUCCUCAGGGAGUGACCUGAUUCAGACCUAG